AUGGUGCCGCUGAUGCCGCUGCUGCCGGUGCUGCUGGUGCUGCUGGGAGCUUUCAGGGGAACUGCUGCAGUUGCAGUGGGGAGAAGGGACAGUUUGGAUCUCUUGCCCUCGAGCAGGGUAAGGGAGGAAUUUUACCAGGUCUACGAUGGAGAUCUCUAUUGCAGGAAGUGUCCGGCAGGCACCUAUGUUGCAGAGCACUGUAAAGUGCAAAAUGGCUCCAGCAAGUGCCUGCCCUGUAAGGAAGAUGAGUUCAUCGAAUACCCCAAUGACUUUCCCAAGUGCUUUGGCUGUCGGACCUGCAGGGAAGAUCAAGUGCAGCUGAGCCCCUGCACGGCCACCAGGAACACGCAGUGCGGCUGCAGGAACGGCACCUUCUGCUCCCCAGACCAUCCAUGUGAGAUGUGCCAGAAGUGCCGGUCCAGGUGCCUCGAUGAUGAGGUGGAGAAGGCUCCCUGCACUCCGCUCAGCGACCGCCAGUGUGGUCCUCCCACGGAUACUGCCGCCAGCUCCUCAAGUCUAUAUUGGCUGUGUUUUCUGGUUUUGCCCGUGAUAAUCUUGCUCCUCAUUGGCCUUUGCUGCUACAGACCCAGCUCACGCACAGGAGAUGGGAGAGACCUGAGGAGGAAAUCUUCCAAUGUGGUGGACUACAUCCUGCUGCAGCUGGGGAGGUGUGCUCCGGGAGGCCUAGCCACCCAGGACAACCGGCGCAAUGAGCAGGUCUCCCGGAAUCAGCAGCAGGAGCUGCUUUCUGCAGAGCCGCCUUUGGGUCCCCACGUGACGGAGGCGGCGAAGCAAAACUCGUGUCCUGCUGGAAACGUGAGGAGGAAACUGGUUCCACUGUCAGAAGACCCCUACAAGGCUUUGCAACGCUCUUUUGACACCUUUUCUGAAGAAAUAGACUGCAAGUACUGGAGAAAAUAUGGCAGAGCCCUUGAUCUGCGGGACAACGACAUUACUUUCGCAGAGAGGAAAGAAGGGUAUUCACCAGAGGCCUUGGUCGAGAUGCUCAGAACUUGGCUGCAAGAGCAGGGCAUGAAGGCGUCUGUCAACGUGCUGCUGGAGACUCUGGACCAGAUGAAUCUUAGUGGGGCUGCAGAGCGCAUCUCUUCCCUGCUUGUUCAGAAGGGCUUGUACAAGUAUGAAGAAGUAAGCUGAAGUGUGGGACAGGCACUGGAUCUUCCUGCUUCAAUCUGCAACCAGAAAUACCUCAAACAAUUAAGUUGCAACUUUUCAUAGGUCUCCUAUCUUUUUCCUUAUGAAAAUGUUGAAUAACUCAGCUUGAACCUGGAGGAGUUUUUGGAAAUCACAAGCCUUGGGGCCCUCUCAGCUAACCUCAAUAUCAAGUACUGUUUUUAUGACAAUUCUUGAAUUUCACUGGGAACAGUUUUAGGCUCCUUGCAUUAUACAAGGAGCCUGUGCACUUGUCUGUGAAGUACCAGUGCUUCCAAGAGACAUCUUCAGGAUUAAUAUAGAGAGGGUUUUUACAUAAUGUAUGAUCUACUGUGAUUUUUUUUUAACUGGAUUCUCCUACUCUCAAGGUUCCUGGCGUCUUGUAAGCGCUUUUGCUUAUAGAGGCUCUCUAAGCUGGCCAGCAAACUUCGUGCUGUAUGUUUGGCAGUCAAGCAUUAAUUGGAUUCUUGUGUAGCUUUUCAAAAGCAAUUGCCUGACUUGCACUGGUAGUAGUUCUGCUUGCUGGUAGGGAUGAUCUCGAGACUGGAGUUUCAAGGGGAGGAUGGGAGUGAUUUACUUGCUUUGUGAUCCCUGUACUUGUCCAGGACAAGCAUUCAUGCAGGUAGGACAUGAAUUCUAGCUUGUUGGAGCACAAGCAGGAGUGUGGGCAGCCAACCCACACUGUCGCAACCCUCUGAGGUUCCUGUGUGACCCUAGUCAAGCUUCUUGGUCAAGUUUGGUCCUUGUUUCCUUGGCCGUGAAGCAGCCUGGCUGCUGCCUGUCUCCAGGGCCAUGGAAGAACAAAUGCACUGCCCGUGGCGGUGGGCACCAUGCAGCUGCCUUGCACCUCAGGGCUUGCCCUUCCCAAACACUGCUCUUAGCUGCCCACGGCACAAAGCUCAGGGCCAACUUCUCUUGGCUGUGAAACCAAAGUACUUGAACUGGCUCCGUGUGGUGAGCCCAGCCUGCGCGGAUCCCCCACCACGCCAAGGCCAUCACAAG